AGUCACUUGACUUGAAUUUGACUGACGUUUAUACAAUUUUUCCCUAGCUUGAUCGUUGCUCUUGUUUUCUCUCCGUCGUCGUCGUCUCCGCAAAGGAAGAAAAAAUAAUUUGUUUUCCUACUUUUUCCGAAUACAGUGUGAUUGUUUUUCUUUUUUCCUCCAUAAACAAACUUAAACAACAUUAUCAUCGUGAAAACUAAAAACAAUUUGGAAAUAAUUAGGUAAAAUUCAAUUCAAUCUCGAACGAGACCAGAUAAUGGCAUCCUUCUUCAAUGUGGGAGGCUUGGGCGGAAACCCUUUUUCCACCCCUGUCGGACAAAGAAUUGAACAAGCUACAGAUGCAGUACUCGCCUCCGAGAAUUGGGCUCUUAACAUGGAAAUAUGCGAUAUGAUAAAUGAGUCUUCCGACACAGCCCGAGAUGCCAUGAAAGCAAUUCGUCGGCGUCUAACCCAAAAUGCUGGUAAAAAUUAUCAAGUCAUCAUUUUCACACUAACAGUUCUAGAAACUUGUGUGAAAAAUUGUGGCAAAGCAUUUCAUGUGCUUGUUGCACAAAAAGAAUUCAUUCAAGAGCUGGUCAAAUUAAUUGGACCAAAAAAUGAUCCUCCCGCUAUUGUGCAGGAGAAAGUUUUAAGUUUGAUUCAAAUUUGGGCUGAUGCUUUUAAAAAUCAACCAGAAUUGAUUGGAGUUAAUUUAGUUUAUCAAGAACUCAAAAAUAAAGGAAUCGAAUUCCCAAAUACCGAUUUAGAUGCAAUGGCACCAAUUUAUACACCACAAAGGAGUGUUCCAGAGCCACCACCAGUUUCGCAUCAACAUCAACCAACUUCUCCACAACAUGUUGGCGCUCCACAACCGGGAGUAACUCUAAGUGGGCCAACUGUCCUCACACCAGAGCAGACAACGAAAUUGCAAUCAGAGUUGGAAGUUGUAGGCUUUAGCAUGUCGAUUUUGGGUGAGAUGUUAAACGAGUUGAAGCCUGGUGAAGAAGAUCCAGAAGAUUAUAAAUUGUUUACUGAUUUAACACAUACUUGCAAAGAAAUGCAAGGAAGAGUUGUAGAGUUAAUUGGAAGAAUAAGCAACGAUGAAAUCACCGCGGAAUUGCUGCGUUUAAAUGAUGAGUUAAAUAAUUUGUUCUUGCGUCAUCAAAGAUAUGAGAAAAACCGUGCCCCCAAUGGAACUGGUACAACAUCACCAUCGGCAAUUUUAGGAGCAGCUAUUGGUGUCCCAAGCCCUUCGGCAGCAAAAGAUCCAGCAAAAGAAAGUCUUAUCGAUUUAAGUGAUACCGCAAGUGGAACAGAUUUGUUAGGCACAGAGUUCUCCAAACUUGAUGUGGGUUCUGGAUCUACACAAAAAGUUAACGAUGUUCCACCACCUGUAGGAAUCAAAGCAUCAGCAGUUCCACCACCAGCAGAUGAAUUCGAUAUGUUGGCUCAAUCUCGCAAACAAAGUUCCGAAAUUAUAAGUAAAACUGGUAUUUUAAAGGACAUUCCAUCAGUAGACGCCACAACGGGCAGCGUCGGCUCACCAUUAAAAAAACCACCCAUGGAGGGGGUAAGUAAACUACCACCAAAAGAGAGUGAAUUCGAUGAAAUGGAGGCGUGGUUAAGCAAUUCUAAAGAAAACGAAGGACCUGAAGAAACUCUUACCAGCACCGAAUUUGACAAGUUUCUAGCUGAAAGAGCAGCAGCAGCCGAAAGCCUGCCUUCCGUAGCAUCACCCGGCAGCGAUGAUUCCUCCAAUAAUAGUCGCAAAAAGAAAUCAUCAAAGAAAGAAGACGAAAAUCUUCUUGCCCUUUGAAGUGAUAAAUUAUCAUGAAGAUGAUGAUAAUCCUCGUUGAUGAUGCUUUCAAUAUAUAAUAUUAAACUUUAUAUUUAACAAAAUAAUACUUUUAACAUUUAAGUAAAAGAAAAAAAAAUAAAAAA